CUUUAAGGGCGGAGAUUUCAGGGGAGGCCCCAGGGGAAGAUCUCCACAGAAGAUUCAGCAGGUUUCCAGGAAGGAAAGGUCAGGGGGUCCAAACCGCAGGACCAGUGAUAUGCCAGGGGAGACCGGCAGAAAGAACCUUGAGGGUAGAGGACAGUUAAUUCCUCCCCGACAGUGGGCCAUCAACAAGCCGAAGAGGGAGGCAUCAGAAGAAACCAACCCUGCCAGCAACUUGAUCUUGGACUUUUAGCCUCCAGAACUGUGAGAAGCGAGAUUAUGAAGGCUAUUUAUGCUCCCUGCUGCUUCCGACAGAAUCCAGAAGCUCUGCUUUUGCACUGAGAGCCUUCAAUGUGGAACUGGCUCAGGCUGGUUAAGGAUUCAGUUUCUGAGAAAACAAUUGGACUGAUGCGAAUGCAGUUUUGGAAGAAAGCUGUGGAUGACAUAUACAGUGACAAUCCACCACAUCAGCCUGUGGCCGUGGAACUGUGGAAGGCUGUCAAAAGACAUAAUCUGACUAAAAGAUGGCUUAUGAAAAUCAUUGAUGAAAGAGAAAAAAAUUUGGAUGACAAAGCAUAUCGUAAUAUCCAGGAACUGGAAAAUUACGCCGAAAACACACAGAGUUCUCUUCUUUAUUUAACACUAGAAAUAUUGGGUAUACGGGACCUUCAUGCAGAUCAUGCUGCAAGUCACAUUGGAAAGGCACAAGGCAUUGUCACUUGCUUGAGAGCAACGCCAUAUCAUAGUAGCAGAAGAAGAGUGUUCCUUCCCAUGGACAUUUGCAUGCUGCAUGGUGUUUCACAAGAGGAUUUUCUACGGAAGAACCAAGAUAAAAAUGUAAGAGAUGUGAUAUAUGACAUUGCCAGCCAGGCACACUUGCACUUGAGGCAUGCUAGGUCCCUCCACAAAAGUGUUCCUGUGAAGGCAUUUCCUGCCUUUCUUCAGACGGUUGCUCUGGAGGAUUAUUUAAAGAAAAUUCAACAAGUGAAUUUUGAUAUAUUCCACCCAUCUUUACAGCAGAAGAAUACAUUACUUCCGUUGUCUUUGUAUAUUCAGUCAUGGAGAAGAAGAUACUAAAAAUAAUCUCAUGGCACUGAUAUUAAUUUAUUUUUAUUAGUUUUACAAAAGUAUACUAGUUAGGGUUCUUGUUUAUAAACAGCAGGUACUGACUGUUUACUUAAGGCAAAAUGAAUUUAUUGGAAGGGUGUGAAUAGCUUACAGUAUUGAUGAAAAAUUACUGUGGGGCUUGGGGGCCAAAACAUUGUUGAGAUUCUGCCUCAGACACUGCCAUUGUCUCCACCG